AGAGGCUGCACAGCCCGCCCCGACCACCGCCGUCGCGCCCGCCGCCGCCCGGCCGGCGCCCUCCCGUUUCCUUCCUCCAGGGGGAAAAAUGUCCUGCGGGCCGCUUUCCAGGAAGCAGCGGGAUGUGCCGCUCCACCGUUAGUAGCAUCAAGCUGCGCAAACCAUGCAGGAUGAUUUACUGAUGGACAAAAGCAAAACCCAGCCCCAGACCCAGCAGCAGCGGCAGCAGCAGCAGCAGCAGCCCCAGCCCGAGCCCGGCACAGCCGAAGCCCCGUCCACACCCCUGUCCUCAGAGACCCCCAAGCCGGAGGACAGCAGCGCAGUGCCGGCCCUCAGCCCCGCCGCGGCCCCGCCGGCCCCCAACGGCCCCGACAAGAUGCAGAUGGAAUCGCCGCUCCUGCCGGGCUUGGGUUUCCACCAACCCCCUCAGCAGCCGCCACCGCCGCAGGAGCCCUCGGCGCCGGGCGCGUCGCUGUCGCCGUCCUUCGGCAGCACCUGGUCCACGGGCACCACGAACGCGGUAGAGGACAGCUUCUUCCAGGGGAUCACGCCAGUCAACGGGACCAUGCUCUUCCAGAACUUCCCUCACCACGUCAACCCGGUCUUCGGAGGCACCUUCUCCCCGCAGAUCAGCCUGGCGCAGACCCAGCACCACCAGCAGCCGCCGCCGCCCGCACCGCAGCCCGCGCAGCCCGCGCAGCCCCCGCAGGCGCAGCCCUCUCAGCAGCGCCGGUCGCCCGCCAGCCCCAGCCAGGCGCCCUAUGCGCAGAGGGGCGCCGCCGCGGCGUACGGUCACCAGCCCAUCAUGACUAGCAAGCCGUCCUCGUCCUCGGCUGCCGCGGCCGCCGCAGCCGCCGCGGCCGCCGCCUCGUCCGCGUCGUCCAGCUGGAACACUCACCAGAGCGUGAACGCGGCCUGGAGCGCGCCGUCCAACCCGUGGGGCGGCCUGCAGGCGGGCCGGGACCCUCGCCGGGCUGUCGGCGUGGGCGUGGGCGUGGGCGUCGGGGUACCUUCACCGCUCAACCCCAUCUCGCCGCUCAAAAAGCCCUUCUCCAGCAACGUGAUCGCGCCGCCCAAGUUCCCCCGCGCGGCCCCGCUCACCUCCAAGUCCUGGAUGGAGGAUAACGCUUUCCGGACGGACAAUGGUAACAAUCUGUUGCCAUUUCAGGACCGGAGUAGGCCCUAUGACACUUUUAACUUGCACUCGUUGGAGAACUCCUUAAUGGAUAUGAUAAGGACUGAUCAUGAGCCUCUGAAAGGUAAACACUACCCUCCCAGUGGCCCACCAAUGAGUUUCGCUGAUAUAAUGUGGAGGAAUCAUUUUGCAGGACGCAUGGGAAUAAAUUUUCAUCAUCCAGGGACAGAUAAUAUUAUGGCACUUAACAGUCGAUCUUCUCUCUUUCCCUUUGAAGAUGCCUUUCUGGACGACAGUCACGGUGAUCAGUCCUUGUCAUCCGGCUUAAGUUCUCCCACUCGCUGUCAAAAUGGGGAGCGAGUAGAACGCUACUCUAGAAAGGUGUUUGUUGGAGGCCUUCCUCCUGAUAUCGAUGAAGAUGAGAUCACUGCCAGCUUUCGCAGGUUUGGACCUCUCGUCGUAGACUGGCCUCACAAAGCUGAAAGCAAGUCGUAUUUUCCUCCUAAAGGCUAUGCCUUUCUGCUGUUCCAGGAGGAGAGCUCAGUACAAGCUUUGAUAGAUGCCUGCCUAGAAGAAGACGGGAAACUGUACCUGUGCGUGUCAAGCCCCACCAUCAAGGAUAAACCGGUGCAAAUUCGACCAUGGAACCUAAGUGACAGUGACUUUGUAAUGGAUGGUUCUCAGCCUUUGGACCCCAGAAAAACUAUCUUUGUUGGGGGAGUUCCACGACCCCUUCGAGCUGUUGAACUGGCAAUGAUCAUGGACCGUUUGUAUGGCGGUGUCUGCUAUGCUGGCAUUGAUACGGACCCAGAGCUGAAGUACCCCAAAGGUGCUGGCCGCGUGGCGUUCUCCAAUCAGCAGAGUUACAUUGCAGCCAUCAGCGCUCGCUUUGUGCAGCUCCAACACAAUGACAUUGACAAACGGGUGGAAGUGAAGCCAUAUGUGCUGGAUGAUCAGAUGUGUGAUGAGUGCCAGGGCACACGCUGUGGUGGGAAGUUUGCCCCAUUCUUCUGUGCCAACGUCACCUGUCUGCAGUAUUACUGCGAGUACUGCUGGGCGAGCAUACAUUCCCGCGCCGGGCGGGAGUUCCACAAACCGCUGGUGAAGGAGGGAGGUGACCGCCCUCGCCAUGUCCCGUUCCGCUGGAGCUGAGCCCAGGGUAUACCCAGCCACAAGUACUGGAGUAGAUAACAAGGAGGGAAAAGAGAGGGCACUGCCUCAGGGCUUACAGUGUUCUGGAAAUCUGUGCAUUUGUUCUCAAUUUUUAAAGAAGAAAUGGGUCUUUUUAUUAUUAUUAUUAUUUACAGUCAUAUUACUGAACUCAGUGUCCAGUAUAGUGCAGAAUUGCAGAGUGUAUAACGGUACUGAUUUGCACUUUGAUUCACACCUUUGUCUGCUUGGUACCUUAAUUUCUUACACCUGAUUUGUCACUCGUAGACUGCCAUUCUCAUCAGCAGCCAUCAGGUUGAUGUCUGUGAUUUUUUUGGUUGUUGUCGUUGUUGUAUUGUUAUUGUUUUGAUCGUUUUUGAACUGGAGCAUGCACUUAUUUUCAGAAACUUAGAGAAUCGCCCCUAGGAGAAGACUUACCAAAGGUAAUACUCGUGAGUAGGUGGCCGAUGUAGCAAAAACUUCACAACAAUUCAGCAAUCAUUAGCUGGGGUCAUUUAGAGUAAGGAAAACCCUUAAUGAAAAUAAGCCUUUAGUUGCUCUCUAUUUUGACAUGUAAGGAUACCUCAUAAGCUGAAUCUUUAUUUUUCCUUCAUGUUUAAUUUUUGUUUUGCUGAGGAUUUUGGUUAGAUCUUUUAGUGUUAUGUAAAUUUAUGCUGCAAUAGCUUUUGCUGCUAUUAAAGUGGUAUUAUUAAUACCAUAAUACUCUAUUCAGGCUAAGGUAUCAAUUACAAAAAACCCAACAACAUACUUUUGUGAUUUAGGGAUAGAAUCAGCUGCCGAAAGGAGAUCAGAAUAGACUUGAGAAAGCUUCAACGGAAGGUCACUAUUUCUGACUGCAUGUUUACUUAAUCAGGUUGCUGCAUGCAAUAAAUUUUAUAUCUGAUGUCUAGUAUAAAACCUUCCCACAAUGCACAAAUUAAGAAUCUAUAUAAGCUAUAAAAUACUGAUUUUUUUAAAAAAGAUUUUUUUCAUUCAAAGAAAUGGUAAUUGACUGGAGGAAGGCAUGCCUCAAUAAAUGGAAUGCUUCUGAAAUUAGGAACAGCCCAUAACAGAAUGACCUAUAUUACAACCAAUAUAAAACCUAGGUGUAGGAUAUUCUUAAAGCAAAUUUGUGGAUGGUAGAUGAAGUACUUUGCGGUGCUCUGUUAUAUAUUGUGCAAUUUAUUUUAUAUAGUAAAGUGAUUAUGUCUAACUGUGAUCAAACUUAACUGUUUAAAGCCUCUGUGUCAGACAUUAACGAACUUGACAGUUCAUAACUGGUAUAUUAUUAACUAACACAUGAGCUCUUAGUUACAAUCUCCUAGUGCUUGCACCAUUUUACAUAGCUUCAGACCUUGUCCAGAAAACCAAAGAGCUCAUCUUAGCUUACAAACACUAGGAAUAUAUACAGUAUAUAGAGAUAAGUUGUCAAUUGACAAACUAGGCACAUUUUAAGAAAGUUGCGUGAUCGUGAUGCUAAAGAAAUGUCUGUACAAAAUAAGAUGGCCUGGGCAGGGUUGGUUGUCUGGGUGAGAAAUUAACUACUUAAUUCCCUGGAUUUAUCCUGUAAAGCUUGAAUAGAAUUCAGACCUGCUAGUACUACCAUGGACAUUUUUUUAGCAUUCACUCUUGGGCUGCAGAUAGUAAUAUAUAAACACACACAAUGAUUACGAGACUAUGUAAAUCUUUUUUUAAAUCUUCUUCCUAUGUUUUGGAAUUCUGGGGACAAUCUGACUGGAUAUGACACUGCAGAAUAGAUUUAAGUCGCUGUGUUUUAUGUGCUGUGAUGUCCUUGUACUGUCUUAAGUUAAUAUCGCUUGGUUUUGUUUUGUUUUGUUUCUCCAGUGUUUAGUUGCAAUUAACAGCUCUCAAACUAUAGUUUGUUUUCAAAAAGGAAAAAACAAAAUAGUUUUUUACUGGAUUAAAAAUGCUUAUUAGAAUUCUCCCCCUUUGAGGUUACCUCUGGGCUUUUUGGUAAUAAUUGCUUUUUUCCAGCCCAGCUGUGGUUUUCUGUUUGUUUUUUUCUAUGUUUGUGGUUUCUUUCAUCUGUACAAGAAAUUUUGUUAUGCACUACUACUUUUUGUAUUCUAGACAGUUUUCAAAAGUUGGCUGAAGAUUUUUUUGUUUGUUUGUUUUUAAGGAAAAAGGCAUGCUUUCUGACUGACAUGAUCUUUUGCAAUACCUCAAUUUUGAAAUAUAGGAAAGAAAAUGAUAUUUUCUAAGUAAGUUUAUUCAGAAAAAUAUAUAUUAAUUUAAUUCUGCAAGAAAAAUGAUUUAACAGAUGGGUAACUUUAUUUUUUUCAUGCUUAUUUGUGUUUUUUGAAAAUGAAGAAGUUAGAGCUUUAUAACUAUAAUAUUAAAGAUCAUAUCUAACCUACAGAAAUCUACCUAAUUAUGUGAAAGAAGCAAAAC